UUGUAUUCUAUUUGAGUCCGAGGCACGAGGACAUAGAUAGAAUUAGGUCUAUGUGGCGAAACGGUUCUUUUGGUUUUCCCACCUUCUUGCUUCCUACUACAACGUUAGUACUCGCAACCACUCCGCUCCUAGACUACGCUCUCCGUUCGUCGCAUUCUUUCCGUAUACCAGAAUUUUGAUUAUUACAUCUAAAAUGCCGAGGAUACGAAACGACCCAAAUCUCAACAUUUGCCCGGACUACGCAUCGGAGGUUUUUGCGAACAUCCGCGCUCAGCUAGUCAAUGAGAACACGACCGAAGCACAAGCAAUGCAAUUGCUUCGGAACAUCUGGGAAGUGAACAACGACGCAAUCAAAGUGCUUUGGCAACAGCAAGUAGAUGAGGAUAGGGAACGUCAGCAACAGCAUCAAAGGAUAGACGAAGACGAGCGGGAGCGGCUUGAACAAGUGAGGAUUGAGGAAGAGGAAGCGGCGCGCAAAGAAGAGAGGAAAAAGAACAAAUACAAAUUCAUUCCCAUUCUCGAGACUGGAAUACCAGACGAACCGGCCAUCACACCAUGUUCUUACGCUCUAAAGAAACUGGACAAAGGCGAGUACGUGGAAUUAUGGUAUUUCACUAACGACGGCUUGGACGAAGCUAGUAUAAAGAAGACGAUUGAUGACGACGCCAUGAUUCUUUCGACUCUGGCUGAUGGCUCCACAGCCUGGGUCUCUUCAGCGUCUACGCGAAGCGCACGUUCGGUGAUUAACGACGAAAAUUUACCUUUUGAAGAGUUCUGUCAAGCCUGUCCGCGCUUUUUGACGGCAAUAUAGGAGGCAGAUUGGCCGCAAGACAGAGUCCGGAUGAUGGCUCGGUUCUGGAUGAACAUUCAAGUUCACAAGUUUCGCUCACUCAGAGACCCCAUAGCUCAGAAGUCGCUCCUGGUCUACCAGGCAGAGCAACGGAAACGGUGGCAUAUCGCAGCAAAGUCCUCUGUCGGACCAU